UUUUUGUGAUGGAAGCUAGAGUAUCCGAGGGACCUGUAAAUGCAUCCUAAUAUUCCUAAACGGGAGGCCUGUGAGUGCAAGAGUGGGAGGAGGUUGGCGGUGCGUUUCUGUGCAGUGAGGCGGUGCCUGCCCUGCCUGCUCUAGACUGCGGCGGGCUGAGUUGUUAGCUACAGAAAUGGCGGAGGGGGAGUUGGACGUCGACUCGCUGAUUUCCAGGCUUUUGGAGGUGCGAGGAUGUCGUCCAGGGAAGAUUGUCCAGAUGACGGAGGCAGAGGUGCGCGGCCUCUGCAUCAAGUCCCGGGAGAUCUUCCUCAGUCAGCCAAUCCUUCUGGAGCUGGAGGCUCCGCUCAAAAUCUGUGGCGAUAUCCACGGACAGUACACAGACCUGCUGAGGCUCUUUGAGUAUGGCGGCUUCCCUCCAGAGGCCAACUACCUGUUCCUGGGCGACUACGUGGACAGAGGGAAGCAGUCCCUGGAGACCAUCUGCCUGCUGCUGGCGUACAAGAUCAAAUACCCCGAGAACUUCUUCCUGCUGCGGGGCAACCACGAGUGUGCCUCCAUCAACCGCAUCUACGGCUUCUACGACGAGUGUAAACGCAGAUUCAACAUCAAGCUGUGGAAGACGUUCACCGACUGCUUCAACUGCCUGCCCAUUGCUGCCAUAGUGGACGAAAAGAUCUUCUGCUGUCACGGAGGUCUCUCUCCCGACCUGCAGUCUAUGGAGCAGAUCAGACGCAUCAUGAGACCCACAGACGUGCCCGACACAGGCCUCCUGUGUGACCUGCUGUGGUCUGACCCCGAUAAGGACGUCCAGGGCUGGGGAGAAAACGACCGCGGCGUCUCCUUCACCUUUGGCGCCGAUGUGGUCAGCAAGUUCCUCAACCGCCACGACCUGGACCUCAUCUGCAGAGCCCACCAGGUGGUGGAAGAUGGUUAUGAGUUCUUUGCCAAGCGGCAGCUGGUGACUCUGUUCUCAGCUCCCAACUACUGUGGCGAGUUUGACAACGCUGGCGGCAUGAUGAGCGUGGAUGAAACCCUGAUGUGCUCCUUCCAGAUCCUGAAGCCGUCUGAGAAGAAAGCCAAGUAUCAGUACGGAGGGAUGAACUCGGGUCGGCCCAUCACUCCCCCCCGCACAGCCCAACCCCCAAAGAAACGAUGAAGAAGGACGGAGGGAGGAAGAGAACAAGAGAGGGAUGAUUGUCUCCUGUUGGCUUUUCACAACCCCCAAAAAUAUAAGUAAAAGCAACACUUGGCGGAGAGGGGGAAACAAAAUGAACACAAACUAUUUUAAAGGACACACCCAUACCUGUCUUUCUUUUCUUAUGUCCCUCUGAACCGCUGUCACACCCUCCUCUUCUUCUUCCUCAACGCUUUUUUUCUUCUCGCUGCAUCUGUGUAACAUUUUUAAAAACAGUGUUCAAUGAAAAACACAAUACAAGGGUGUCAUUCUGUAGCAUAUCAGUCAUUUUGUCUUUUUGUGUCUUUUUUGUCCUUUUUAUUUUCUUGACAACAGAAUGACAACUAGUUUAGUGUGCCACAUCUCCCCGCUCCCCCCGCCUGUACAGACACAACAGGCAAUAAUGACGACUGCUGGGUUUUCAAUAAAUAAUACAAGAAAUGAAUCCA